AUGCCGGAUAAGCCGCUCAGAAUAGCCUCCUACGCAGCUGGGGCGUCACUAGCAGCCAUUACACUCGUUUACGUCUUUGCGCCUACUUUUUUCAUCGAUGGAGACUCGGCGACCACUUCCGCCAGCUCGCGGAAGAAGACGGUGGUUGGGCUGUCCAACCCGGCGAACGAUUGCUUCAUAAACUCGGUCCUCCAAGCGCUGGCAGGGCUGGGGGACUUACGAGUAUAUCUCAUCCGGGAGACGUAUCGACGGAAACUCGAUGGGGCACACGUUUAUGCGCAGUUCGUGGAGGAUCCUGCGAGGAAGAAUACGGCAGCCUGGAGAGUGGACGGUUUGCAGCAUGGGAUGGUGACCAUGGGACUGAAGGACAUUCUCAAUGCGCUGAACGAGAGGCCCAUAUAUAAGAAGACGAUAUCUGCGAAUCCGUUUAUCAUGGUUUUGGAACAGGCUUUCAAGCAGAGGAUCUCUCGGCAACAGCAGGAUGCACAGGAGUUCCUCCAGGUGGUAGCCGAGCGUUUGUGUGAUGAAUAUCACGCGGGGCACAGAGCCAGGAAGCACGCCUUGAAGCUUAAGAACGGGGAGAACACAAGUCAGGAAGCCGAAGAUUCCUUGAGAAAGAGUGUCACUGGCAUUUCCAUAGAUGAGUCGUCAAAUCCCAAAGUUUCCGAGCCAUCAUCAUCUUUGCAGAACGGAAACGGUCAUCGAGAGGAGGGCUCAAGGGAGGGCAUCAAUCAGGAAAAAGAAGAAGGCUUUCCUCUUGAAGGCUGCUCCGAAUCUCAAAUUGAGUGUUUGACGUGUGGUUUCAAACCUACAUCGCACAAGAGUACCUUCUGCUCCUUGACCUUGAGUGUUCCUCAAGUGCCCUCGACGACAUUGAGCUCUUGCUUUGAUCAGAUGUUCAAGACCGAGUAUAUCGAGGAUUUCAAAUGUGAAAAAUGCCGACUUGUUCAUGCUCUCCAAACAUAUCAGCGAGACCUGUCAAGAUCCACUUCCGAAGAGUAUAAGGAGAAAUUACUGAUGUGGAUUGGCCAGAUCCAGCAUUCUAUCGACUCAGAUCCGGAGCAGGAACUGACGGAUGUAGAACUCCCAGACAGAAAACUGGCUCCCAAAAGGAAGAUCGCAAAACACGUCAGGAUCACCACUUUUCCAAAAGUCAUGGCUAUCCAUCUCUCAAGAUCCAUUUUCGAUGCCGGAAGGUGCACAAUGAAGAACUCGGCCAAAGUUUCAUUCCCAGAACGGUUACCACUGGGUGGGCUCAUGAAUCAGAAAUUCUAUAGACUUUCAAGCGUAGUCUGCCACAAAGGCAGCCAUCAUUCGGGCCACUACGAAUCGUUCCGUCGGCAAACGGUCUCUGCCCCAUUUUCAACACCUAAUGUCUUUCAACCCGCAGGCAUCUACAGCAAACCUCCCUCACCACUCCCAUCGCGAUUGUCAACUCCCCCAUCAGGGCUAGCACAUCGACCAGAAGAGUCCAUCCUGGAUCUCAGCACCGUACCGUCUACGCCGGAGCUUCUCUCGCCAUCGUCGGCAGCCUCCUCGCCGUCGCCGUCUCAUUCAUACUUAAAUGGCGAGCACAGCAAUGGCUUGGCCUCAAGCUCUACCUCACGCUCAACAUCAAAAGACACAUCAGUCGGUACUGGUCCAACCUCCGCGCCGCAGAAAGGCUCAGACACAGCCAGCAUCCGCUCCUUCGCACGCUCUACCCGAUCCGCAAUCUCUGGCAAGCUCGCCAGAUCAAAGGACUCGUCCGUCCCUGCUACGAAACAAGAGACGAAUGGAACGAUGAGGACGAUCAAGACUACAACCACGAAUGCGAGCAUGGUUAACAGGAUUCGGAAACGUAACCCUAGUAAUAGGUGGUGGAGGAUCAGCGACGACAAGAUCAAGGAGAGCAAGACGAGUGAUGUGCUGGGUAUGCAGCGCGAGGUGUAUUUAUUGUUUUAUGAGCUGGAGAGGGAGUAUCCGUAG